AUGGAACAUAAUGGGUCUGCCUCAAAUGCUGAUAAAAUCCACCAGAAUCGCCUGUCGAAUAUUUCAGAAGAUGAAGACCAAGAUGCUGCUCUCACCAUUGUGACUGUGCUGGACAAAGUGGCCGCCAUCGUGGAUAGCGUUCAGGCAAGCCAGAAGAGAAUAGAGGAGAGACACAGACACAUGGAAAAUGCCAUAAAAUCCGUCCAGAUUGACCUCUUGAAGUUUUCACAGUCACAUAGUAAUACUGGCUAUGUCAUUAACAAGUUGUUUGAGAAAACCCGAAAGGUCAGCGCUCAUAUUAGAGAGAUGAAGGCCCGUGUGGAGAAGCAACAAGUCCAGGUUAAAAAAGUUGAAACCAAGCAAGAGGAAAUACUGAAGAAAAACAAAUUCCGUGUGGUCAUAUUCCAGGAGAAGAUUCAGUGUCCAACAUCCCUAUCUAUUGUUAAAGAUAAAAAUCUAAGUGAGGAUCAAGAAGAGGAUGAAGAUAUCUUUGAUCCUCCAAUCGAACUGUCUUCGGAUGAAGAAUAUUAUGUUGAAGAAAGCAGAUCUGACAAACUUAGAAAGUCAGGCAAGGAGCAUAUUGAUAAUAUCAAAAAGGCAUUUUCCAAGGAAAACAUGCAGAAGACACGGCAGAAUUUAGACAAGAAAGUGAACAGAAUCAGAACUAGAAUAGUGACCCCGGAGAGGAGGGAAAGACUAAGGCAGUCAGGGGAAAGGCUGAAACAGUCAGGGGAGAGGUUGAAACAGUCAGGGGAGAGGCUGAAACAGUCAGGGGAAAGAUUUAAGAAAUCUAUUUCUAAUGCAGCUCCCUCAAGGGAAGCUUUUAAGAUUCGUAGCCUUCGGAAAGGUAAAGACCGAACUGUGACCGAAGGUCCAGAAGCAGUCAGGGAGAUGGGCGUGGACAUCCUUGCCAGGAGUGCGUCUCUGGGUCCCAUCAGCGAGUUCUGUACUGAUGAGCCCAGUGAAACAGACCACGAGGAGCCCAAAGCGGUGUGUCCUACGCAGGAAGGCGGGGACAUCCCCACCCCAGAGCCUCUAAAAGUUACUUUUAAACCUCAGGUGAAAGUAGAGGAUGACGAAACUCUUUUGGUAGAUUUAAAGCCGUCAUCAUAAAGAGGAAUUGAGUAUAAGUAUAGAGCUCUUUAAUCAUGCAGUUAUUGUUUAUAUAGUAUAGUCAUUUACAUUCAUGUGCCAUAUAGGAAAACAUAAGUGGGUUUGGCUAUUUCACGUCUUAUGUUUAAAAUCAUAAAGCUAAUACAAAUAUUACGUACAUUUCCUUGUAACUUGGCUUGGGAAUAUUUUUCCUCCUCUGGGCUUUAAAAGAUUCUAAUAUCUUGUUCUCUAGUGUCAGUCUUAUGGCACCUGUGGGUUUUUAAAUCCUUUUCUCUUGUCCACCAGAAAAUGUUUCUUAGUGAGGGCCAGUUAGAUAUUAGUUAGUCUGAAACAAAUGACAGGCAGGUGUGUGGCCAUCAUGUGCAAGUGAAUUCCCGGUUUGGUCUAGAUUAAUGUGGCCAAAUGCAAAAGGGAAUAGCUUCUGUGAGCUAUAUUGUUUUUAUGUUCAAAUCAAUAGAUUCAUUAGCAAAUUAGCAGUCAUACCUCUUUUGGUGCUUUUGCAUAAAAAAAAAUCAAGUUCUGGACUUGAGCAUUUAGUAGUGAAAUGGAAAGGGUUUGCCUGUCCUGCCCAACUCGGAUACUUAUGAAGACCAAAGGAAACAUCAUACAUUCUGGGGAGCAAGCAGCACAUACGGAGACAACAAUCCCCACUGAUCCCACAAAAGCAGAAUCGAAAUAACCUGAAAAAACCUUGUGCACCAAAUAGGAACUAGGUUGGACAGAAACUAUUUUGGUCAUCAGAAGCCUUUUCCCAGAACUAGGAAUGAAAAAUAAAUGUUUGGGUGACAUCUUUUCAUCAAAGACUAAAAUCAGACCUUUGGUUUGAGUUGGGUUUUAAAAUGUUUCCUGGAAAAUCCUUUUCUAAUUUUCUUUUGAUUUAGAUCUAUGGUGCAUUAUAGCAUGAGCAGCAUGAAGCAUGAAAGUGCGCCUUUGUCUUCACGAGACCUUUUUCAAGUCAGAGUUGGUAAAUUAGGGUUGGGAAUGACCUCAGAUAUUUCUCUU